UCGCCGCGUCAUGAUCACGCCCGCGUUCGAGUUGAGCCAGGACGCCGAGUCGCUGACGAUCGCCAUCCGCGUGCCCUACGCGCGCGUCUCUGAGUUCGAGGUCUACUUCGAGGGCGUCGAUUUCAAGUUCUACGCCAAGCCGUACUUCCUUAGAUUAACUCUUCCUGGAAGAAUUGUAGAAAAUGGAGCUGAAGAUGGUUCGUAUGAUGUGGAUAAAGGAAUCUUUACUCUUCGGAUGUCCAAAGAGACCCCUGGUCAGCAUUUUGAGGGACUGGAUAUGCUGACAUCACUCCUGGCAUCAAAGAAAUCCAGAUCUGCAAAGCCACUUGUGGAAGUGACAGGUUCUUCUGAGCUUCCUGUAGAGUCUAACGAAGAUGAGGAAGACUUUGACUGGGAAAUCGAACAGUCUCCUUAUGAAGAAUUAACAGAAAGUGACUUGAAUUCACAGUGGCAUUAUGGGUUUGGAAACUUACGCACAGGAGUGUUUAAAAGAUUGCAGGAUGAAUUGAGUGAUGUCAUUGAUGUCAAAGAGCCAGACUCCACUCCCCCAGCCGAACGAAGGCAGAAGCGCCUAGCUGCUGAAGAGUCAAAAUUUGAUCCCGAUCAUUACCUAGCGGACUAUUUUGAAGAUGAAGCUAUUCGAAAAGUUUUGAAGUACAAGCCUUGGUGGACUAUAGCAUUUGCAAAAAUGAUGGCCUCUCCCGAAAGGAGUCAGGAGCAGAGUAAUCAAGAAGCAUUUCAGGUUUCUUUUUCUAAAGAAGAGAACUAUCAACUACUAAAAUUUACAAAUAAGUCUUACCUGCUGGAUAAAAGAGCUCAGUAUCAUGUGUACUAUGGUUUGAUUGAUAUUCUUUUGGCUUACUGCUAUGAAAUCCGAGUUACUGAAGGAGAGAGCAAUGUUGAAUCUCCAUGGAAUAUCAGAAAACUAAGUGGAACAUUGUCCUGGUUUGAGACUUGGAAUAAUGUUCAUGAAAUCCUGGUUUCUUUUGGAAGAAGAGUUUUAUGUUAUCCACUUUAUCGACAUUUCAAGCUGGUGACAAAAGCCCACAUUGAUACAGUAAAGAUAUUACAAUUAGGAAGAAGUGCUAUUUUGAAAUGUCUCUUGGAUAUUCACAAAAUUUUUCAAGAAAAUGACCCAGCGUAUAUUCUAAAUGAUCUCUAUAUCUCAGACUACUGCAUAUGGAUUCAGAAAGUCAAGUCCAGAAAGUUGGCAAGCCUUGCUGAAACUCUGCAGAGAACUUACCUUACAAAGGGUCAGCUGGGGUUGGAAAUAGAAGAGCUGGAAUCAGCCGCACUGCUUGUGCAGGGGGAAGAAACUGAGUUAGAAGUCCCCUGGUCAGUUUCCAGUCAGCAACUCUCUGGCUUAGAUUCACUCCCAGGGGGCUCUGCCAAAUCAGACGAGAUUUCGUCAUCUAAGACAGAAGACUUGAGUGUGGACAGAGCUAAGCCUGCAGAUUGCGAGGGUGGGAAAAUCAAUUCUUUGGAAGAAAAUGCAACCCUGAAUACUGAUGCUCUUGAAUUUUAUAUAAAACCCGACAUCUGGACAUGUGAUAUUGGUCAAGAAAAGCCAGUCAGUUCUUCACAGUCUCCCAAGGCUUCUGCUCCACUCAUCGUAGAAUUGGAAGAAGAAAUGGAAACUCAACCUCAGCCUUGUCAACAGCAUGAACCUUCACCAGUGGACAAAGGCAAACAGCCCACCUAAGCUCGUCAACAUCUCCAUGUCACUCAAGAUCUCGUUGUUAAAAGGAGCAUCAGAUUUCUUACUCUGUUGCUGCUUCUGCUGAAUAAAAAUCUAUCAUGAGUCUGUAACGGUGCAUUUUCUUUUUUUAGUAUUGGUAGCACUGUUUUGACAGAAUUAAUGUUCAGUGUCCUUGUUUCAAGUUUAAACAUAAAGUUUUCAAGUAUUAUGACAGUGUAAUGAACUUUUGGAAAUGAAAAUGAGUGUUCUAGCAGACUGUAAGCUCUUGGAGGGCAGAGCCAGUUUUGUUUUAGUCUUUGUAGCCUUAACACAUAGUACAAGUGCCUGGUGCAAAGUAGAUUUUUAAUAAAUGUUUGUUGAAAUGAAUCUAAGAUGUGAAUAUUUCAAGUACAAAUUCAAUAAUAAACCACUGCUUUUGAUGAAA